ACAGAAUUUCCAGAGGAUGAGGCCCAGAAAUCAGGAUUUUAAAAAGAUUCCCAGGUGAUUCUAAUGUGCAGCCAAGGUUGAGAACCACUGCAGUAGAUGGAUCCCAAGGAAGGACGUUGGGAGCGUCUGGGCCUUGCCGCAGGAGCCGAGCUCUGGGAGCAGAACCAGCCCCUAGGGAUCUCUGUUCUCACGACCUCAGGGGUCAAAACCAAGUAGGCGCAGUUAUCAGCUUUGGGAACCCGGAAGACUCAGCUCAGACUGAUCCUGACGUUCUGAGGUCAGAGCCAAGCCUGUUAGGUAGGACGUCAGUCAUGAGCGGCUGGGUGGGGCCUGCCCUGGGGUCCUGACAGGGGUCAGACCAACACGGCCUUCAGACCACCCCUCGAUGGGUGGCCCAGCAGCCAGCAGACCGCCCGCGGGCACGUCCGGAACCGGUAGGUCCAGAACCAGCCGGUUCUUGGUGCAAGCUCAGAGGAAAAGGACAUGACCUCCAUGUGACCUUACUAGGGCCGUGGACUAAUUAUAAUAAAAUUUGCAUUGUAGUUUUGACCACCCCCUCCCAUCCCCCACCCUUGGUGUGUUUGUCUGUUUGCGUAUGGGUAAGAGCAUGCGCAGAAGAGAUAUAGUUGCAUCACCCCUUUCUGUCAACCAUCCCUGAAUGCAAGUGAAAGUCUCCACCCAGAAAAUUCCUCACGGAAACUAUAUAACCCAGGAGUUUGGGGCAUUGUCUCUCUUGACUGGCCUGCUUCUCGCUCACAGUGUAUCUUUAAUAAAUCCCACUUCGCUGUACUUUCAUUUUCAUUGACCUUAAAAUCUCUUCUGCUUCGACGAGAAGAACGGAGGUCCCAGCCGGUAACCCCAAUUGGUAACAUCUUUUUGGUGCCGCUACUCGGACUGCACGAACCACAGAAGCCCAGGAGCCAUGGGUGACUGGGGCUUCCUGGAAAAGUUGCUGGACCAGGUCCAGCAGCACUCCACUGUGGUGGGCAAGAUCUGGCUGACAGUGCUCUUCAUCUUCCGCAUCCUCAUCCUGGGCCUGGCCGGUGAGUCCGUGUGGGGUGACGAGCAGUCGGAUUUCCAGUGCAAUACGGCCCAGCCGGGCUGCCCCAACGUCUGCUACGACCAGGCCUUCCCCAUCUCCCACAUCCGCUACUGGGUGCUGCAGUUCCUCUUUGUCAGCACGCCCACGCUGAUCUACCUGGCCCACGUCAUUCACCUGUCUCGGCGUGAGGAGCGGCUGCGGCAGAAGGAGGAGGAGCUGCGGGCACUGCCGCACAAGGACCCCUGCGUGGAAAGGACGUUGGCAGCCAUAGAGCGUCAGAUGGCCAAGAUCUCAGUGGCCGAAGAUGGCCGCAUGCGGAUCCGAGGGGCGCUGAUGGGCACCUACGUGCUCAGUGUGAUCUGCAAGAGCAUCCUAGAGGCAGGCUUCCUGUACGGCCAGUGGCGUCUCUACGGCUGGACCAUGGCGCCCGUGUAUGUGUGCCACCGCGCACCCUGCCCCCACUCUGUGGACUGCUAUGUCUCUCGCCCCACCGAGAAGACCAUCUUUAUCAUCUUCAUGCAGGUGGUCGGAUUCAUCUCCCUGCUGCUCAACCUGCUGGAGCUGGUGCACCUGCUGUACCGCUACCUCACACGGAGACUAAAGGCCCAGCAGGGCCAGCAUGCCCCCCUCGCUCAGGGCACCACCCCGGAGCCCUACGCUAACCAGGUCUUCUACCUCCCCAUGGGCAAGGAGCCCUCAUCCGAGCCAUGUCCCGUCUACAGCGGGCUCUCAUCCAGUGAGCAGAACUGGGCCAACCUGACUACAGAGGAGAGGCUGGCUGCUUCCAGGCCACCCCCCUUCCUGGACCCGUACCCUCAGAGUAGCCAGAAAUAUCCCAGCAGCCAUGCUUCUAAGAAACAGUAUUUGUAGGAACCUGGGACUUAUGUCACCCAACAGCGGGGCCUGGGAAGUCUGGCUGCCUUGGGUGCCCCCUCCUUGAAGGCUCUGCAGAGAUGACGAGGGCGGGGGAAGCGGGUGCUUGCUGGCUGUGGGGCCUUACCAUCAGUUGUUCUUGGACACCUGGGACCUUCCUGGUGACCAGACAACACCUCAUGGUUUCCCCUCCAGAACCUGGCUUUGCCGCAGGCACAGACAGAGCCAGAUCGGGGUGCUCUUGACCGAAGGCUUCGGCCCUCUGGCCUUUUUCACUUUGUUCAGAGGGGCCCGAAGCCAAGUUACUCCACUCCCACCGUCAUGGAAGUUUCUCCUCCACCCAGAUUGUCCUCACACCCUCUCCUCGCAGGAAGAGGCUGGACCAGGCUGCUGGGUAGGCCUGGAUUACACACACAGAGCCCUGUCAAGGAGGCCGGCGUCUUGUUCUCAUCACUCCUUCCUGGUUCCACUGUUUAUGCUUCUAAAAUAAACAGAACUUGAUCACAAGCUAGGUGUGUAUAUUGACGCUGUCGUGAUGUGCAUCAGGGUGGGAGCUGAGGGGUGGCCUUGCUCUCCCCAGGCUUUCUUUGCUUUUCUGUCCUGGAUAAUCCGUCUUUGGCCUCUGCAACCCCAACUCCAGGGAGCACCUUUCACCUUCCAACUCAUACACCCCACCUCGCAGCAGCCCUGAGUCCUAAACAUUCUGCCUUUUGAAAUGCCUCAGGUACCAUCCUCUUUCAUCCUCUGCCUCAGCCCCUCAAGCCAAAGCAGUGUCUGUCCUCAGCCUGCCCCGUGGCCAUGGAGUGCCCCAGCCACUCCACCCCCUGCCGUGUGCUUCCCCCUGGACACACACACCCUGCUCCCAACGCUGCUGGCCAGCUGAGCCCUUCGCAGUCCAGCUCAAAUGCACCCCAUCCCACCUCAUCCUGGGCCCCUUGGUAUUCGAGGAGGAGGGUUUAGAUCACUUGCCCCUCCAAGCGUGGCCCUUUCUACCCACCAGAAGGAGCAACUCAAACCUGCAUCAUGUCUCCCACCGCCUAAAACUCACUCAGAACAGACAAUGGCAACAGAGAAAGGUGGGAGGGAUGGUGGAGGAGCUGAAUCUUGCCUCUAAGUCACAAAUGUUGCAGGAGAAAAUGAACAAUUGAACUGGAUCUUGACGGGUGAAUAGGAGUUCGCUGAGGAGGAGAAAACACUGAGUAUUCAGGCAGAGAAAAAAGUUCGUGCAAAG